AUGAACGUCGAACAAGUUGACAUUGUCUAUUCUGACGCCAGCAUUCUGGUUGAUUCGACAGGAGAAAAGGCAGAGGCGGUAUUCAUUCGGGAUGGCAAGAUUGCCGCUAUCGGCUCUAAUGAGGAUGUCAUCAAAACUGCGGGCCCAUCAGUAAAGAACAUAUCGGUGGCUGGGGCAACCAUAACCCCAGGUUUGAUUGAUACACACCCUCACAUCCUUCAUUUUUCCGCUUUUGCUGCCGGUUUGGUAGACCUCUCUAACGUCCGAAAUCAUGGCGAGAUCGUAGCACUCAUUCAGGAGAGAGCCUCCAAGACUCCGAAAGGAGAGUGGAUAGUGGCUACUCCCAUCGGCGAGGGUUCCUUCUACGUCCGGCGUUCUUGGCAACAUUUGGAAGAAGGCAGCUUUCCUGACCGGCACGUCCUCGACCAAGGCUCAACGGACCACCCCAUAAUGAUUCAGGCGUGGGCUCCUCGAGUUCCGAAUACGGUAUCAUUCAAUACCGUGGCUUUGGAGGUGCUAGGUAUUAAAGCCUCAAGCCCAGAUCAAAUGGGUAAGGUGUGGAUCAACAGAGAAGCCAGCGGCCACCCUUCUGGCAUCCUCACCGGAAGUGUGAAUGCAUAUUACAACUUCGACUCGCAUUGGGCUUCCAUAGUCAAGAAGAUGCCACCCCUCAUCACGCCAGAGACAAUUCCUCCCGCACUCAUCCAAGCGAUGAAAAAGGCCAACGCAAACGGCAUUACAGCCGUUUGGGAGGGGCAUGCCAUGCUCGACCAGGACAUUGAGCUGUAUAGGUCGUUUAAUGAUCAGUCAUUAUUGACCUUAAGAGUACUGUGUUCGCCGGAGAUACACCUUACCCAUUUGUCACUACCUCCACCAAACAACGAACAGUUACAAGCUCGCCUGGAAAAGACAAUGGGUAUGAGAAAAACUAAUUCGGCAUGGUUACGGAUUGAUGGAGCAACCUUUUCAUUGUCCGGUCCCUGCUGGUGCGGUCAUAUGAACUGGCCAAAGGGAUACUUGGAUCCAUGGGGCAAUAUCACCCGCGGUUUGCGCUUACUUACCGACGAGCAAAUACGAAUAAUCUGCGAUUUUGCUGCUGCAAACAAUUUCAGGAUACACAUGUGUUGCGGCAGCCCAUACGACUUGCAGGAAUUUAUUGAUAACGCUGAGAGCGUUAAGAAACGAUACGACUUGGAGAAGCUCCAAUGGGUUGUUCAACAUGGGAUCAUGCAAGAAGAGCACCAACCAGCCAAAUUGGCAGAGUUAGGAAUCGACCAAACAAUUAGUCUUGCCUUUACCUUUGGCAAGGCCGACAUGUACAGAGAUCGAGUUGGGGCCCAAGUCCUGCCGAUGCUGAACCCACUUCGAAGCCUUCUUGAUGCAGGGGUAAACACAGCUGCGAGCAGUGACUGGGGUCCAUCUAGUCCAUGGGAGCAGAUGCAGCUGGCAGUAACCCAUAAAAUGUACCCGAGUGGCGCUUCGAAUGCUGGACCGCGACAAGUCGUGACUCGUGAGCAGGCGUUUUGGAUGUGGACAUCGGGCGCCAAAGUCUUGCGGUGGGAAGAGAUGGGAUCUCUACAGCCUGGGAAUAAUGCCGACUUGAUUAUAGUCGACCGCAACCCGAUUACCUGCCACUUGGAUCAACUGCCAGACACAAAGGUACACAGAACAAUUAUUGGUGGCCGUGUUGUGUAUGAUGAUGGUACCUACUAA